CCACCUAUAAAAUCGAAGUCCCCCCUCUCGGGUCGGGUUUAUUCUUAUACAAAUAUCCAUUUGCCUUGAACCGGAGAGGCUCACUGUAUUGGGCUCGAGUCGAGAGUAAAUUUGCCCCAGGUCGAAGCAGAGUCGCGAAGCCAUGGACCCGUCGAAUCAAACCCUGCAUCCACAGCCGGCCGCGUCUCCUCCGCCGCAUGCGCCGUCGCCGUCGCCGUCGCCGUCGCCGUCGCAGCAGCAGCAGCAGCAGCAGCAGCAGCGACAGCCUCAGCCGCAGCCGCAGCCGCAGCCGCAGCCGCAACGCCCUCCUCCCGAGCAAGGCUCUGGCUUGCUCACCGUCCUCUUCUCCUUUGUCGCCAUCGCGCUCUUUAUCCUUAUUCCAUCAACUUCAUCCAUCAAAAGCAGCUUUAGUAUUCUUCACCAAGUGCCAGAAGGCCAUGUUGGUGUAUAUUGGAGAGGUGGUGCACUACUUGAAACGAUUACAAGUCCAGGCUUUCAUCUAAAGAUGCCCUUUAUAACUCACUAUGAGCCUGUUCAAGUUACCCUUCAGACAGAUCAGGUGAGGGAUAUUCCAUGUGGUACUAAAGGAGGUGUUAUGAUAACUUUUGAGAAAAUAGAGGUUGUUAAUCGCCUCCGCAAGGAUUAUGUGUAUGACACACUGCUCAAUUAUGGAGUGCAAUAUGACAACACGUGGAUUUAUGACAAGAUCCACCAUGAAAUCAAUCAGUUCUGCAGUUCACAUUCCCUGCAGCAAGUGUACAUUGAUGUGUUCGAUCAGAUUGAUGAAAAGAUGAAAGAUGCUCUUCAAGUUGAUUGCACAAGAUAUGCACCAGGCAUUGAAAUAAUUAGUGUCCGUGUAACGAAGCCUACUAUUCCAGAUACCAUAAGGCACAAUUAUGAGCAGAUGGAAGAGGAGCGUACAAAGGUCCUAAUUGCGAUUGAGAAACAAAAGGUUUCUGAGAAAGAAGCAGACACAAAGAAGAAGAUGGCCAUAAGUGAAGCUGAGAAGAAUGCCAAUGUUAGCAGGAUACUCAUGGACCAAAAGUUGAUGGAGAAAGACAGUGCCAGAAGGCAGCAGGAAAUAGAUAAUCAUAUGUAUCUGGCUCGUGAGAAGAGUCUGGCAGAUGCUGAUUACUAUCGUCUAUUGAGGGAAGCCGAAGCAAACAAGUUGAAGCUGACACCUCAGUUUCUUGAGCUGAAAUUCAUAGAGGCAAUUGCUGGUAACACCAAGAUUUUCUUCGGGGAGAAGGUACCAAAUAUGGUUUUGGACCAGAGGUUGCUGGGGAACUUCUUGCAGAAUGUAACUAAGGAGGUAUCUAGGGUAGCUUCCAGAGAUGGCUACUCAGACAUUUAAGAGUACCCUCCAUGUGUGUGUUAACUCCUAAGGCCUCGUGAAAAUAUUCCAACUUUCUGCUGCUCUUUUCGUUUGAUUUUGUUUUUUAAGUUGUGGAAAAGCAGCCUCAGAAGUGUGGGACGUGUGGAGAUGGUGCGUGUAUUUGCAAGUUUUUUUUAACUGUCGCUGCGAUGUUCGCACACCUAAUGAAUUUCAUAGAAUUUCAUACAUGA